AUGUCGGCCUUGCAGACCUUCAUGCUGGUCGUCGACCACGACAAAGAGGAAGCCAAGCGAAUUGCCGAGGGAAUUGCAAAUGUGACUGUAGAUAUCGAGACCAAGAAAGCCACCUUGAUUGAUACCGUGCAAUCGCUUGGGGAAUAUAUCAACGACGAGGACCCGAUCCUGCGCGGAAAAGCUAUCUCCUACCUGACAGCCGUUAUCUCGGCCCUUUCGCAGAAGUACCUCACGAGACAACAGAUCCAAGUUUUGACUACUUUCUUCUGUGAUCGAAUUGAAGAUGGAGGUGCUGUCGCUGGACUGAAGGUCUUGCAGAGCCUGGAUAGGUUCAACAAGUACCUGGCUACUCAGGUAGCAGAAGCACUUUUCUCCAACUUCCAAGAUCUUCAGUCUCGGUCUCAGACACAGCGGUUCCAUGUCUAUGAAUUGCUCAAUGAUUUGAUGUCGACACACCGCGCAGCUAUGCGUGACAUGGGAGAUAUCUCUCUCCUUGGCGUGGUUGAUAUAAUGACAGGAGAGAAAGACCCUAGAAACCUGAUGAUUGUGUUUUCUAUCUUAAAGGUUGUCAUGGUGGAAUGGGACAUCUCAAACCACACAGAGACUCUCUUUGACUCCGUAUACAAUUAUUUCCCAAUCACAUUCCGACCUCCACCAAAUGAUCCUUAUGGAAUUACCGCACAAGACCUGAAGGGUCGUCUUCAGGAUUGUAUUGCUUCAACGAGACGUUUUGCUCCCCAUGCCAUCCCCGCAUUGCUGGACAAACUUGACUCUACUUCUCCUAAUGUCAAGAAAGAUGCUCUCAAUGCAUUGAUUGCUUGUAUUCAAGCAUAUGAUCCCAACACAGUGUCCAAGUUCUCCAUCACCGUUUGGGAGGUUCUCAAGUUCGAGAUCCUGAAUGCUCAAGAAGAGUUCCUUUCCGAGAGCUCCCUUGAAGCAUUGCAAACGAUCACACGCCGUCUGUCGGAAGGUGUCACGGAAGUUUCGCAGGACCUUCCCCUCGCGAAGUACCUUCAGCCGAUCACCAAGGAGUGCAACGAGCAGUUGCACGAACCCCAGAACAAGCAGGCCAAGCCUGCACAGUCAAUCCUUAGCUGUGUAUCGGCUGCUUCUCCAGUCUCCUUCACGCUGGUCGUUCAGACCGUCGUUGCUCCUAUUUUCACAUUAUACCAGGAGGCUGAUGGCAUUGUUAAACAAAAGGCCCUCCUUGAGACCCUCAAUGUCCUGUUUGAAUCUGCGACUACCAUAUUUGGUCAAUGGACCACCCGUGAAGCUGAACCUGCUAUUGAUAACCCGUUGUUGGAAUUCAAAGAUCAACUCUCGGAGAUUCUGGGCCAGGUAUUGAUGGGAGCAGCUAAAGAGGAAGUCUCCUUCCGAGUCACUGCCUUGAAGGGAUUCCUGCGCCUGUCGACACUGCGAAACUUCUUCCAAGACAACGAGAUUGGACUUUUCGUGCAAUACUUGGACGAGAUUCUUCUGAAGGAGGAGUCUGUGGGCCGCGACGACCUGAAGAAAGAAGCCAUCGCUGCACUUGCAGAAAUCUCCAAGCACAAGCCCAGGUUGAUCAUUGAUAUCACAUUCCCGGCCUUUGUGGCAACCUUGCCCGAAGAGGACGAAGGAUCCGAUGCUCUGUACCUGCCAACACUCGAGACACUUGCGCAAAUCAGUGUUGAGAGAGACAUCUUCGAAACCCUCUUCCGCCGCUUGUUUAGCAAGCUAUCUAUCUUGCUGCAGAAGGAGCAGCCUGGAUCUGUAGCUUACCCACGGGCCAUUCUCGUUACUAUGCUCUACGUGAUGCAGCAGAGGAACAUGGGGCAAGAUCAGAGCAUUGAUCUGUACUACGAGAAAGUUGUCGUUGGUCUGUGCCGCGAUGUUGCAGCAUCGGCUUCCGGUAUGGCGAAGAAUGGGAUUCUCAAUGAUCCCACUGUGCUUGAUACUUUGGGUCGGCUUUGCAAUCUCCUUGUGCGAUCUGUCUCGACCGAGAAGCAGGAGCAAGUUGCUGAAAAUGUCUACACUCUCUUCGCCACAAGUGACGUGUUCGUGCCUGUCCCAUUCAACCAAAAUGCAGGCGCAGACCAAGAGCGCACGAUCAUCAUCUCCACCUACUUGCUCGCAGGACUGUCAAAGGAAUCUGGGAGCCGGCUUCCAUACAUCAACCCAGACAUGUCGGCCUUGCUUCUAGACCUGGUCAAUCGCUCAGUGUCCAGCACCGAACCAGCAAUCCAUCAAUCAUACCUGCGUCACCUGGCCCUGCUCGUGAACAAGUUCUUGUCGAAGCAAGAUUUGACAAUCGCGGAGCAACUGUUCGACUCUCUCCUCCAGGGCCAAAGCACAGAGCCGAACACUCUCAACCACGCGACUAUCCGCACCAUCUUCUGGCUCGCAAAGGCACUAGUCCUACGCCUGGCUCCAACAACCACCCACAUCCUGACUUCCCUGGUCGCCCUGAUCUCCUCCCCAGACCAACAAACCAGCGUAGCAGCAGCCCAAGCCUUCGCCAUCAUCCUCAGCGAAGACGACAUCCUCUCUUCAACCAAUGGAGCCACAAUCCGCCUCCUCUGCAGACAACGUCUCUUCACAACCGUCAUCCCCCUGAUCUCAUCACGCAUCCGCGAAGUCAACACAGCCGUAACCGACAAAGCCCCAGACCACAUCAAACCAGCCCACCUCACAGCCUUAUCUGGAAUUCUUUCCACAAUCCCCACCUCGCUAGUAAUGCCCGAACUCCCCACAUUGCUUCCCCUUCUCCUCCAAUCCCUCGAUCUCCAAACGAGCGGCUCAACAGCCGUCCGCGCCGCAACGCUCGAUACCCUCGCCGUCAUCAUUCGCGAUAACGGCGUCGUCGUCAUCGACCAAUGUGGCCAUGUUCAAAGUCUCGUUACAAGACUCCUCAAAACAACAGUCACUUCCAACGGUCCUGGUGCAGUGAACAGUCCUCGUCUCAGAGCAGAUGCUUUGAAAUGUCUCCAUCUUCUCGCUGCCCACCAAUCUCCACCUGGCACUGCCCCCAAUGCCCGUGCUCCGCCGGCAAUUUCGCCGCUGUUGCCUGUCAAGAAUCAGGUGUUGAGAUCGUUGCGUACGGUCCUUGAUGAUCCUAAGCGUGACGUUCGCAAGGCUGCUGUCGAUGCUAGAGGUGCCUGGCUUCGUGGUGUAGAUGAUGCCCCGGAGGAAGACGAUUGA